AUGUAUUCCCCUUCUCCCAACUCUAAACCACGGCCGCGAACCUUCCUCGCCCUCUUAAAACGCAACCCCGCAAUGUCGAAUCAAGAAUUCUCAAAUCACUGGGUGACAGAACACGCACAAGUUGUUUUGCCUUAUUUUCUGGAUGCGGGCGUGGAGAGCUAUGUACAGGUAUGUGAAGAUCUACUAUUUUCUCGCUAUCACCUCUACACAUCCAAAGCUACACCAGAACCAGCUUGGAAAGCAGCAUAUUAUCACGAUAUAAUCUCAGCGGACGAACUAAAACUCCUGGUUUCCAAAGCUUCGGAACAUGUUAAAUUGUAG